UGCCAAGUCGCGCACACAUGAGCAGCAGCAGCAGUCGGAGCAGUAGCGCUAGCAGCAGCGCCGCCAGCUCGCCGGAGCGCCCCAUGGUCGUCGACGCCCGAAGCGACGAUGAGCAUGAUGAGGACGAGGACGAGGAUGGGGACGAUCGACCAAAUCCAAGCACCGAGCUCGACGAACCCGACGAGCGCAAUGCGAACGACCCGUGCAAGAUCAACCCGCAGCUUCGACCUGCGACCCCUCGGACGCCGUCACCGAUACUCGACGUGGUGCUUGUGACAUCGGCGGCCGGGAAGCGACCGCGUCAAUCGCUCGGUGAUCGAUGGGACGUGCGACCGUCCUUCUUUAGCCCGCGGCCCAUGUAUCCCAAGGCCAAAGCUAUGGCGACCGAGAAUCCGAGCUUUGCUCGUCCCACACCGCACAAGCACGGGUUCUACAAGGCCAAGACCGCGGCUGAAGCGCCAGGUGCCAAGAUGAAGAAGGCAAGCAGCGCGUUGGCGACGACAAUGGCGUCCGAGUCGCGGAAGAGAGCGGUCCCAAGUCGACCCGCAGAGCCCGAGAUCACGCGCGCUGCGAGCCCGACGGCGAUCCCUGCGCCCCCAACAAGCAGUGCGACGCUCGGAAAACGACGCCCGUCUGAGAACGAGGAGACAGAGUCAUCGCGGGAAGCCAAGCGCAUCUGCAAGGCGUGGUCCACCAAGAAACUUCGCCGCAAGCUUCUCAAGGCGCAGCUUCGCAAGGAGAUUGCGCGCACCCAAGUCGACACGUAUGUCUUGAAGUGCCAGAAGGCCGCCUUGCUUGUUGCUCAACACGUCCAAGCCGCCUAAGUCUACUACGUCCGUUCCAUACAUGGGCUCAUGCAUCAUCGUCCUUCUUCUUCAUUCAAUCCUGCGUGGCAUGUCUAGCCUUCUUCGUCA